AUGCAAAAGCAGAUGCUACAAGGAUUAUUACGCAAAUCUCUUAUGUUGUCUUCUCCUGGCAACAAAAAGCUGAUGGAUUCGGCCCUUGUUCUUGUACAGAUGGCAGGAGACAACUCUUUACUCUGUAAGCUCAAGAAGAUGGCUUCCCUGUGGGUGUCAAAUUCCAACAUUAGCGAAGAAAAAUCUGUUGAUUCUCACAUUGAGAUCCUUUUUUCCGAACAAGAUUCUAUUCGUCAAGCUGAAGAGAAAUUCAAGUUAAUCAGACACAGACAAAUGAAGGGCCCUGAUGUAAAACCGACAGACUCCAGUGUGGAAGUUACUAGCCGAUGGGUUGUUACGAAGUCAUGGAAGCCAUGUCCUAUAGGCAUGCUCCCUCACAAUCUUGGCUUCUCGGGCCGUCUUCUGAUUCUCGACUGCAAUGACAAGCCCAGAGAAGCUCGAAAAGGAUCAGAUAGCAAGGCGCUUUGGGAACUAAAUCAAUGUGGUAAAAGGGAAACUGAUUGUCCGAUUGAAGAAUUGGAUAGCGCAUUUAUUAAGAAAGUGAAGGAGAAUGAAGCAGAUUGUGAAUCAUACGAUAAAGAUGAUACUCCCUCUGAAGGCGUUAUGGGUCGUCUGAUGGUCGAUGGAGUCUGGAAAAAAGUUGCAGAGGAAGAGCUGCUUGCUAUUGCAUCGACUGUAAGAUUAUUAGGGACAAUUUGCUAG